AUGGAUAAGUUUUCGCGGGAAGAAAGGGAAGAAUACCAGCACUUUGUAAACGUUGUGUACGCGUUUCUGUCGUACAGGAACGAUGGAUCUAUCGAUGCGGAACGCAUAUAUAGGUCUAUGCAGAUGCUAUCUGCUGACGACAGGGAGCUGCUCAUCGAGCAGCCCGGCGUUCGCGUGAUGAAGAUCAUUCACGCACUCAUCAAAAAUCAGAGCUUCAUCAACACCAUGUUGAGCUGCUUGUCUGGAUGCAAUAUAAACGACGAAGCUGACGACUAUGAUCCCAUGGCUCCAGACCAAUCCCCCCAAAGUAGCGAGGGUGGCGAUCCCGAUAAGGAGCGUCUGAUGGACAACCUAAGGAAGGUCGUCAGGAAUGCGCCUUUCUGGCAGAUGCCGAAGGAAGUCGCCGACUCAGAAAUCGUGCCGACGCAAGACCAAGAAAUUCUCUCAAGAAACGCACACUGGGUCAGAACAACGCUGCGACAGUUCGUCCGCGACUGGUCGGAGGAGGGCGCCGAGGAGCGCGAGCAAGCGUUUGCGCCACUACUGGAAAGCCUGCAGCGGCAUGUGCCGAUCGACAACCCGGAAAAGCCACCGAGGGUACUGUGCCCUGGAUGUGGGCUGGGACGGCUGCCGUACGAAGCUGUGCGGCUCGGGUACGACAGCCAGGGAAACGAAUUCUCGUCGUUCAUGCUAAUUGGGGCGUAUUUUGCAACCAACUAUAUGACCAAGAAGAACUGCUUCAAACUGUACCCUUACUGCCUCUCGACAAGCAACCGGGUCAAGCACGAGGACCAAAUGUUCACCUGCCACCUGCCGGACGUGGCGCCGGCAGAACACGAUAUGAAGCGUGACUUCAGCAUGUGCACAGGAGAAUUCACGGAUGUAUACGCCACUGUGGAGACGCCAUUCGAUGCAGUCUUGACAUGUUUCUUUCUCGACACGGCCAAAAACGCAAUCGAGUACAUACGCACAUGCGCGAGGGCGCUGCGCCGUGGGGGACUGUGGGCCAACAUAGGCCCUUUGUUGUACCAUUACGCCGACUUCAACCACAACUCGGUCGAGUUUUCAUGGGAGGAGCUCAGGAAGAUCAUCUCGACAUGGUUCGAUUUCGUGCGCGAGGAGUGGCGAGACGCAAACUACACGUCUAACAAACGCAGCAUGAUGAAGACUAACUACAAGUGUAUAUACUUCGAGGCCAUACGCAACGACGUGGAGGAAAAGAAGGCGAACAGCACGGAGCCUUUUGUAUUUGUAGGUAAUGUAGCAACCGUGGGAGCCGAGGAACGCGGAAGCGGCUCCAUUCCGUACCACGUGGCCUUCCACGUCAAAAACAACUGCGCCAAGAAUGAUAGACACGGCGAUAUUAUCGCCUACGUGAUCGCUCGGGGUGGACCCAGAUUCCACUGGCGUGCAACGGCGUUCGUGGAUUCGUCGACACAUCAGGCACCUCGGCACAGGACCGGUCCCGUAUUCGCCCAGCGCUGGAAAUACACGAGAGUCACACUCCUCAAAGACACGCCGCAUGUGGGCAAAGCAGGCGAAGUUGCCAUCGUCAAUCGCAAUUACGCUUUCAAUUACCUCGUGCCCUUCGGAUUCGCCAGAUACACAACACGCGCCGAACUGAUAGGGAUCGUGCUCGACACGGAAUACAAGGAAGCGCUAGCGAAUGUCAGGAAGUCCAGCGCGGUGCACAUGAAAGCGAGGUUUGGAAAUGACACAGUGCUGCCAUUUGAAACUCCAGCGCAGUCAGAUGGGUCUAACCUGCUCGUCUCACCGCUCCUUCCCAUCGAUAUCAUCGAUAAGAUGAGGGAAAAGAAACUGCUGCUGGCUGUAGACAUGCUAAGAGAGCAAGAUAUUAAAAUCCUGACUGAUACGGGGACCAUCACCGAAUUCGGCGUGUACAAGGUCCAAUUGAACGUGGACCCAGAAAUAGAUAUCCAAAUCACUGCUGACGUUAAGGAGAAGCCGUUAGACACAUCUUUUCUGAAAGACGUGGUGCCGUCGGAAUCCAGCCAGGAGCCUCCGUCAGACUGA